AUGAGGAUUGAUGAGUUAAAGAUUGAUGACUUGUUAGUUAAUGCAUGCAAAGAAAACGGGAUUGUUGAAGCGACAAAGAUACAGGAGCAGGUGAUACCGGUGGCGAUGGGAGGAAGAGACGUUGUGGCUAUAUCGCAGACAGGGAGUGGAAAGACUCUUGCAUUUAUUCUGCCGAUUGUUUCAUGCUUACUGUCCAGAGAUCGUUCGUUUUACUGCUUAAUAAUUGCGCCAACAAGGGAAUUGUCUUCACAGAUAGUUGAGUGUCUUGGAAUGUUCAAGUCCACUGGCUUGAGAACGUGUCUUUUGGUUGGAGGAGUGAGCUUUGGGGUACAGACAAGUAUGCUUGCAAAGCAUCCACACAUUGUUGUUGGAACGCCUGGAAGAAUAGCAGAGCAUAUUCUGAAGACCAAGUCAUUUAAGAUAGACAGAGUGCGGAAGGUUGUGCUUGAUGAGGCGGAUAGGUUUUUUGAGCAAGAUUUUGGCAGUGAUUUGGACACGAUUUUUGGAAGUCUCCGAAGUAAACGACAGACACUUCUGUUUACUGCAACAAUGCCUGAUAAAGUGUGUGAGCUAUCGAAGUCGAUUUUAGUGAAUCCAAAAACCAUUAAGGUUGUGGAAGGAUAUGAGACUGUUGAGACGCUGAAGGAGUAUUAUGUGUUUGUGCCAAUGAAUUGGAAAAAUUCGAGUCUUGUUGAGAUGCUUGGAAUGCAUCCUGGGGAGGCAGCAAUUGUAUUCGUUUCAAUGUGUGUGUCUGCGCAGAUUGUAUGCUUGGCAUUGAAUAGACUUGGGAUUCAUUCAGAAGCAUUGCAUGGAGGGCUUGAGCAAGAGAAGCGGGAUAUGGUUGUAAACAAGUUCAAGAGGAAUGAGUUUGAUGUUCUUGUAUGCACUGAUGUGGGAAGCCGAGGACUGGAUAUAUGCCAUGUAGGUCUUGUAAUAAACUUUGAUGUUCCAAAGAAUGGGAAGGACUAUAUACACCGAGUAGGACGAACAGCAAGAGCUGGUAAGUGUGGAACAGCAGUUACUUUUGUGACUCAGUAUGAUGUUGAACAAAUACAGAGGAUAGAGUUCGCAUUGGGAAAGAAGCUUGAAGGGCUUGAAGUAUCUAGGUGCUCUGAUUCUGAUAAUAGGAUGGUUGAGGAGGCAGUGGAAGCAGCGAAGGACGACCUGAAACAAAUAACAAAGUCAAAAAACAGAUACAGGAAGAAAGCAUAA